AGUAUAGCAGGCAGUUAGUGUCCCUGUACGCUGAUGGAGGGUCGAAAAGCGCACCCGGCCGGCGGCUCGUGCUCCUGCUGUACCGGGGCAGCCGCCAGUGUGCGAGAGACAGUGGAGGAGAUGGACUUCCAGAGAGGUAUCUGGUCGGCGGCUCUUGAUGGAGACCUCAACAGAGUUAGACAGUUCAUAAAGAAAGGGACAGACCCCAGCCUGCCUGACAACUUCGGCUACACAGCACUGCAUUACAGCAGUAGACAAGGAUGUGUGCCAGUGUGCAGCUUUCUCUUGGAUGUUGGUGCUGACUGCAAUGCCCAGACACAUGGGGGCGCCACAUCUCUUCACAGAGCAGCGUAUUGUGGACACCUGGAGGUGGUGCAGCUACUCCUAGAGCGAGGAGCUGACCCAGUAAAGACCGACUCCGACGGGAGAACAGCUCUUCACAAGGCAGCAGAAGGUGGCCACCGGAACAUAUGUCACCUGCUUCUAAAUCACAGUAGCAAACUCUUGGAACUGCAGGACUGUAGGGGCCAGACUGCUGCGGACCUGACUCCUGCUGGUGUGAAUCAGCUUUUACCCCCGUAAAUUUCCAAUCGGUGGCACGUCUUCCGAGCUCCUCGUGUGCCAGCAAGGCUGCUUCUUGGGAGAGAAGUAAUUGGUCAGUGUCCUUCCAGCUUGAAUGUGUUUGCAGCACCACAAAGUGAAGACCCCUUUGGCCAGCAAGGGAGAGCCAGAAAAUGCUUGGGCACUUUAUCUUUAAAAGAAUAUGGCGGCAUAGCAUUGGGACGGAACUAGGACAUAAUAAUGCUCUCUGCUAUAGUAACAGGUCCCUGUGGGGGGGGGAGAGAGAGGGUGCCAGGUUCGCUUGCAUGGUACGGGGGAUCCGAGAGACAUUCCUCUUUCAUCACUUCCUCUCCAGCAUUCUGUGGCCAAAUAUCUGUUGGUUUUUCUUUACUGCUUUCUGUAAACAAAACAAAACAAAAAGUUAUUACAUGAAUGUGCAUACGCUAACUCACAGUGGGUUGGUCUGUGGCUCCUGGUCUUUGCAGCUGAUGGGCUGGCCAUGACUGUGCUUAGAGUAGCAACAGAUAUGUCAAACUUAAGCCAAACCCUGUGUUGAUCCAGAUGAACGAAAAGCACCUCUCUGCAAGUUCUAAGAUGGUUUAUACUCUGUAUAUAAAUCUAUUCCUGACCUCAGCUUUG